UUAAAUAUAAAAUUGAUAAAAUAAUUAUAUUAUCGAUAUUAACGAAUUUAUUACUCCAUAAACGAACUCCUCGUCGUCCAUUACAUAUCAGGUCUGAUUGGGAAAGUAUAUAAAUCGGAAUUUUGUAAAGAAUUUGCUUUUUUAAUUAAGAAGAAAAAAGAGUCGAUCAUUUGUAUUAUAGUAAUUGUAUAUUUAUAUUAGCUGUUAUGUCUGAUAAUGAUGAUGUCACUCCAACAGACAGUGAAAUACCCAACUCAGGAUUGCCAAUAGGCCCUCAACCAGGUGUUAAUUAUCCAAUUCAAGUACUAUAUUGUGGAGAAUGCACUAUGCCAUUAGAGUAUUGUGAAUAUUAUCCUGGAUAUGAAAAAUGUAAAUUAUGGCUUCAAAAAAAUCUUCCAGAUGAAUUUGAAAGGAGACUUAAACUUGGCCAACCAACAACUGGUUCUGGUGAAGAGGAAAAGAAAAGACAAAAAAGGGGUGGAAAGGGAGUAGUAAAAACAAAAAAGAAAGUAGAAAAGGAAAAGAAAGUUUGCAUGUUUCGAUCAUCCCGUGGUAAAAAGAAAUUUGUAACUGUAGUCACGGGCCUUAAGACAUUUGAUGUUGAUUUGAAAGAUGCUAGCAAAUUUUUCUCUCACAAGUUUUCCUGUGGAUCAUCUGUUACUGGUGAUGAUGAAAUUGUAAUUCAAGGAGAUGUUAAAGAUGACCUUCUUGAUAUAAUAACUGAGCAAUGGCCAGAGAUUGACGAAGAUGCUGUAGAUGACUUGGGCGAUCAAUCACGAUAAUGUAGAUGACUUUAUUUGUACAGAUUUCUGGCAGAUGAUUUGAAAACAAAUUAUUAAACAGACAUGAAAAAAA